AUGAGCAAAAACGAUAGUAUUAACAACAAACGGACCGAUGUUGAUGUCGAUGCGCAUGCGCAUUCCGAUGCUGCUUCGAUAAAGACACCAGCUACUUCCGCAUCAAUAACUCCAUCCAUUUCCAAAAAUGAAAAUGAUGGUAAAACUUCCAAAAACGAACCAGUGGUGAAUGAAAAAGAGAAAAAGAAGCAAGCAUUUGUAACAAGAACAAUCUGGACAUUUGUCAUGAUUGCCGGUUUUUUCGUUGUUUUGGCAUCGGGUCAUUUACCCAUCAUCAUCAUGGUUUUGAUAUUCCAGCUCUUGACAUUUAAAGAGAUUAUUGCAUUAACUUCAGAGCCAGCAAGGGAUAAAAAGAUUCCUUACAAUAGAUCGCUAAAUUGGUACUUCUUAAUUGCUACUUGGUAUUAUUUGGAUUUCCCAUCAUUUGUUGAUUUCUUUCAAGAAGAAAUCUUUUCCAAUAAGUUUCUUACAUUGCUUGUUUUAAACCACAAGAUUGUCAGUUAUUCAUUAUACAUGGCAGGGUUUAUAUUUUUCGUUUGGACUUUGAAAAAAGGAUAUUACAAGUUUCAAUUUGCUCAAUUGUGUGUUACCCACAUGACCUUAUUGUUGGUUGUUUUCCAAGCCCAUCUUAUUAUUGGAAAUAUACUAAAUGGUAUUUUCUGGUUCUUUUUGCCAUCGGCGUUGGUCAUUGUCAAUGAUAUUUUUGCUUAUAUUUGUGGAAUCACAUUUGGAAGGACUCAAUUGAUUGAAAUCUCACCGAAAAAAACUGUCGAAGGAUUUGUUGGUGCUUGGAUAUGUACUGGCGUUGCUGCUGUUAUUGGGUCACUUAUAUUGUCCAAAUCUGAUUAUUUAAUUUGUCCAGCACAAAACUUGUCGACUCAUUUGUACAAUUAUCCAAGUUGUGAACCAAAUCCCGUGUUUAUCCCCCAAGUUUACCAAUUGCCACAAAACAUUAUUGAUUUGUUUGGUGGUAAUAUUGAACUCAUUACUUUUAAACCGGUUUAUUUCCAUGCUGCUAUUCUUGCCACAUUUGCAUCACUAAUUGCUCCAUUUGGUGGGUUCUUUGCCAGUGGGUUAAAGAGAGCAUUUGGUAUUAAAGAUUUUGGUGAUACAAUCCCAGGUCAUGGUGGUAUUACUGAUAGAUUUGAUUGUCAAUUUUUGAUGGGGUCAUUCACUUAUUUAUAUUACCAAACAUUUAUUAGCAAUCACAAUAUGAAUUUGGGUAAGGUUCUACAAAUGGCCAUUAUCAACUUGAGCGCACCGCAGUUGAUUCAAUUGAUUAAAAGCAUUUUGAGGUAUUUGAAUAGAGAAGGUGUCGUUGAUAAUGACAAGUUACAAUCAAUUGUUGACAUAUUAACCAACUGA